AUGCACGGUUUGACGGAUCAACUGCUUCGGGUCCUGGCCCAACAUUGGAUCUCUGUUUCCGUCAUUGGGCUGGCAUUAUGGCUGCUCAAGAACAGAUACCAUAACGGUCUCAACAAGUACCCGGGACCGCUGGUCGCAUCGGUCACUGAUUGGUGGCGUCUCCUGGAUGUCUACGGUCGAAGACCCGAGGUUACUCAUCGGGCGCUUCAUCGCAAGUAUGGCGACGUCGUGCGGUUGGGACCAAACUCUCUGUCUUUUUCUAGCCCUCGGGCACUGAAGUCUAUCUACGGCUUGAACAAGGGGUUUAUCAAGUCUGAUUUCUACGUGGUGCAGCAGUCCGUCGCCAAGGGUCAUCGUCUACCAUCCUUGUUCAGUUCGACGGACAAUGACUUCCACGCGAGAUUCCGUCGCUGCGUGAACUCCGCCUUUGCCAUGUCUGCACUGGUGCAAUAUGAACCCUUUGUGGACAAUACGACCAAGCUCUUCUUGCGACGAACGAGAGAGUUGUUUGUCAACAACCCCGAAGGCUGCAAUUUCACCCAGUGGCUGCAGUUUUACGCCUUCGAUGUCAUCGGUGAGAUCACCUACAGUAAGCGACACGGAUUUGUCGAGAAGAACGAGGAUAUCGAUGGUAUCGUGGCCUACUUGGCGCGACUUUUCCUCUAUGUAGCACCUAUCGGACAAAUGCCCUUCUUGGACCGCCUUCUCCAAAAGAACCCCAUCUACCUCAAGCUUGCGCAAAAGGGCUUUUUCGAUGUUACUUUCCCUGUCGCUAAGUUUGCCAGCGAUCGCAUGGCAGAGAGAUUGCCUGAGCUAGCCAAGGGAGUUUCGGCCUCCGAGCUGGGCGUCAAAUCUCCCGAUCUCCUGUCCAAGUUCCUCGCGGCUCACGAGGCGCAUCCGGAGUUCAUGAGUGAAAAUCUCGUGCGCACCAUGGCCGUGAGCAUGGCUUUUGCCGGCUCUGAGACCACCGCCAUCAGUCUUUCAGCCGUCUUCUAUUUCCUGUUGAAGAACCCGUACGCCUUGGAACGCCUUCGGGGAGAAAUUGACGAGGCCGCUCGCUCGGGUGCCUUUGCCGAUUCCGAAACUGGUCUCGUCACCUGGCACGAGAGCCAGCGUUUGACAUACCUGGAUGCCUGUAUCAAAGAGGCGUUCCGACUGCAUCCCGCGGCUGGACUUCCUCUUGAACGCAUUGUUCCGCAGCAGGGAGCGGAGAUCGAUGGUCACUUCGUACCGGGUGGUACCAUCGUUGGUUGUUCGGCAUGGUUGAUUCAUAUGGACAAAGACAUCUUUGGACAAGAUGUCGAGGCUUAUCGCCCUGAGCGAUGGUUGCCCGAUGAGACGCUCUGCCAGACCGAAAGUGGCCAGGAGGCCGAGCUUCGCCGUAUCAAAGAGAUGAAUGGUACCAUGUUCCAAUUCGGAAUGGGUAGUCGGACCUGCAUUGGAAAGAACAUUAGCCUGUUGGAGAUUUACAAGCUAGUCCCCAGCAUGUUGCGACGAUUUGAGAUCCGACUCCAAGACCCAUCGCAGGAAUGGGAACUGAUCAACGCCUGGUUUGUCAAACAACAGAACUUCACCACGACGUUCAAACUUCGAGACAUCGUGAAGGCGGAAGGCGAGCUUCUGGCGACUGCCUGA